GAUCCCGUGGCCAUAGUCCGACACCGACGUUCCAUAUCUACAACCGCGCGAUGGAGGAGGAUGACGACCGCGAUCCAUCGCGUGCAUUCCCGUUGGUGCCGUACCCGCCAACAAGGUACCCACCUCAUCCUCAGGGCGGAGCAAAGAUACGCGAGCAGGGACCCCUGGGGAACGUUGAGCGUGAGCGGCGUCCGUAUAAGGUGGAAGAGACGGCAUUUGAACAGAAGGAGAGACGAGAGACGUAUCUUGAAUACAAGCAGCGCGAACAGGACGCCAAAGACGAAGAAGAGCGAAAAUACGACGACUUUGUCCGGCUUCAAGCAGAGAAAAAGGAAAAGAUGGAGCGCGAAGCAACAGAGGAAGAAGAAAACUUCCAGACCGAAAUGCGCAAACGUCUCUCUAACAUGGGCUAUACGCAACAGACCAUCGACAUCCUUGUCGACGAGGAGAUCCCUAGCGAAUCCAGGAAACAGGUGGAGUCGACGCAUGACACGACCGCGCUCGCUGCCGGGAGCGAUUCCCACCCGCCUGACGCCCCCGUUUACCCCAAAGUCCACCGCAAGUACCUCUCCGUGGAGACGUUGAAUUACUACCACAUCCCCUGGGAAUAUGAUCACCUCGACCCGGAGUACAUUAUCAUCCUGCGGGACAUGGAUCAGCGCGGUACUGAUCUACUGUUUGAGCAUACGUCGCGAUUGAGACGAGGGAAGGUGUCAUUAGAAUUGGCGGAUGAGACGAAGCCGGAGUAUGCGUGGUAUCGACGAAGGUCAAGGAGCAGGUCCAAGGUGUCGAAGUAGGAAGGCAGCUUGAGGUUGGGAUAGGCUAACAUACGUUGAUGCUGAUGAACGGCGACAUCGAGCAUAUCUACAGCGAAGCCGGUCCCGUUCGGGGAUGCAAAUCACACCGGGUAACUGGAUCCUUCCGUCAGACUGAAGCUCCUCCAUCUCGUAACUGGAGCCCUGGCUCUCAACGU